AGCAAACAUCCCAGUUUGUCGGACAAGAGUUUUGAAAUUUUACGACAUUGUCUUUUUCUUAUCUAUGGUGAAAACAGGAUGCGGGAAAAAGUUCUCUGUGGAUCUGAGGUGUGAAUUAGUUGAAUUAGGAAAUUGUUCAAAUGUUGGACUAAUCAUAAACUCGUUAAAAGUUGUUGAGUCAAGACGUGUCGUCCCAAAGGUAUACCCACAAAAAAUAAUUUUGUGAAACCGAAAGAAAUGGCCAAGUUCCACCUUGUGUUGCUGAUCGCGAUUGUUCUCCUUACAAGCCGCGCUAACGGGCUAAAAUGUUACUUUUGCACAUCGAGCACUAGCAUAUACGAUGAAGAUUGUCAAAAUGGUACUUCAGCACUCCGUUCUGGUCAAUGCCCCUUUGGCUACGACUUUUGUGUCGCAAGGUACACAGAACAUACUGAUGGUUCCAGCAACAUACUGCGAGACUGUAGUAUCAGCGAUGAGUUGCCGUCGUUGGACACGACAUCGUCAAUCGGAUAUCAAAUUACCUGCAGUUUUGAUUUGUGCAAUAGCGGUUAUAUCGGCGCAUCUACACCUACUACCACAACGAGUAUUCCCACUACUUUCAACCCAAGUAGCUUGGCGCCAAGAUUACAACAUGCAAUUUCUUUGUGUACUUGGACUUUUGGAUUUACCCUUUACUUUUUGGGUGGCAUUGUUCUGUUGAUGGACGCCUUUUCCAAUGUCUUUUAAAACUUUUAAUCACCCGUUAUUUCUGAAAUUUGAAUUUUGGUUUUCUCCCUUGCUCAUUAGUCUAUGCCUUAGCACCCAGUGUAAAGAUCAAUAAAGGUUGCAACUAUUAUGUCGUAAUAUAAGAAAGAUAAGACUUUU